AUGUCCUCAAAUUCGGAAAAUAGCGAUUCCUCUUCCACCGGGGAAAAGAUCAACGUUCAAGAAAUUAAUGACUACUUGGGUGAUUUUCUCCAGACAUCUCAGCCAAUUUACGACCCCAAGGCGGCCGAAAACAUUGCCAAAGAAAAUCCAAGAAUUCGACGCGCCCACGAAUCUUCACCACCACUUCCGUCUAAGCUUAACGAUUUUCUUAACUCGUUUCGUGAAAUCUUUGAUGAUCCAAUUGGCACUUUGAAAAAAUUUGGAACGAAAUCUCCUGUCAAAAAGGUAGACGAUGAUAUCUUACAUGAAGAUCCGGACAACGAAAGUCUGGAAGCAAAGCGGCAACACAUUUUAAGUAAAAAGGAUAUCAAAGAUAUUGGUCAAGUAUAUUUGGAUAGAAAAAAAGAAAUUUAUGAUGCAUCGUUAAUCAAUUGCGCGGAACUUCAUUCGGAAUUAACGAAUUGUUUUAGAAACGGAUCCCUCAAGGACAGAUUUACAUUAUGUCAUAAUGCGAGAGACAAAUUUUGGAAUUGCAUGGAACAACAAAAGAAAUUGUUGUUUGAAAUGGGAUAUAAAGCGCACAAUAAAACUGAAGAGGAAAACGAAGAAAUCUUGAAUCAAGCUGACAUUCGUUUUCAACAAGAAUUCCUGCACAAGUUUUAUUAUUAUAAUCUUCUUGCCUUUUUUGGCCUGCACCCGUUAAACGGGAGCGGCGUGGUAUCCGUGAUUCGUUUAACAUUCCAUGAGUUAUCGGACGAAGCGAUUGCCUUGAAAGCAGCAUCUCUGCCCGGUCCAAAACC